GCGGGCGGUGGCUGCGGAAGGGCCGCGGGGAGCGGCGGCGGCGGCGGCGCUGGGGGCGCUCGCCCGUGGAAAGCCUCGCUCCGAGGGGACCAUGAGUUUAGCUCUGAGAAAUGAACUUGUAUUAGACAAAACAAAACGGAAAAAAAGAAGAGAGCUGUCUGAGGAACAGAAGCAAGAAAUUAAAGAUGCUUUUGAACUAUUUGAUACAGACAAAGAUGAAGCAAUAGACUACCAUGAGUUAAAGGUGGCAAUGAGAGCUUUGGGGUUUGAUGUGAAAAAAGCUGAUGUGCUAAAGAUUCUUAAAGAUUACGACCGGGAAGCCACAGGCAAAAUCACCUUUGAAGAUUUUAAUGAAGUCGUAACUGACUGGAUACUGGAAAGAGAUCCCCAAGAAGAAAUACUGAAGGCAUUUAAACUAUUUGAUGAUGACGAUUCAGGGAAAAUAAGUUUGAGAAAUCUGCGGCGAGUUGCCAGAGAGCUGGGUGAAAACAUGAGUGAUGAAGAACUGCGUGCUAUGAUAGAAGAGUUUGAUAAAGAUGGUGAUGGAGAAAUAAAUCAGGAGGAGUUCAUUGCUAUUAUGACUGGAGACAUUUAAAGGAUUGAGAAGGAAAAAAAAGAACAGAAGAAAGGAUUGAAUUGUAAACACUGCAGUUGCCACCUUGCAUUCUGUUUCAUAUCUGGAGCCAUGGGGAUUGGGUGGGAGGAAAAAUUUUGUUCUUUCCCCCAAGGACCAAAAUAAAUAGAUUUUAUGUACUGGUAUUUCA